CAAUACGUCAAAGCUUCUCUAAAUGACCAUGUUACUACACGCCUUUGGCAUUCUGGGUGUAAACCGUUGCAAUCAAUGUCACUCUCAGCACCUCUUUACAAUCCUGUGAACGAGGGAAGAGACUGAGCGCACUCUGAGCAUGGAGCUGUUUGUAGUCCUGUUAUACGCCGGUUUGGUGAAUUUCGCGUCGGCUGGAAUAGAUGGAGAAAAGUGGACAUAUUCAGAAGGAGAACUGGAUCAGAAGCACUGGGCAGAAAAGUUUCACGAGUGUGGAGGCAACCAACAGUCACCCAUUGACAUACAGCGACGCAAAGUGCGUUAUAAUCCGCGAAUGCUGCAGCUCGAGCUGACAGGAUAUGAGGACAUGCGCGGUAGCUUUCUUAUGAAGAACAAUGGACAUUCUGUGGAGAUUCAGCUGCCAGGCACUAUGAUGAUUACCAAGGGGUUUCCAGACCACUACACUGCUGUCCAAAUGCAUCUGCACUGGGGAGGCUGGGACUUGGAGGCCAGUGGAUCAGAGCACACAAUGGACGGCAUCCGCUACAUGGCAGAACUUCAUGUGGUCCACUACAACUCUGAAAAGUACAGUAGCUUCCAAGAGGCCAAAGAUAAACCAGAUGGUCUUGCAGUUUUAGCAUUUUUUUAUGAGGAUGGGCAUUUUGAGAAUACAUACUACAGCGAUUUUCUUGCAAACCUGGCAAACAUCAAGUAUGCAGGUCAGUCCAUGAAUAUCACGAACUUGAACGUACGCUCCAUGCUCCCAGAGAACCUCAGUCACUUUUUCAGAUAUCAAGGCUCUCUCACCACACCGCCGUGCCACGAGAGCAUUCUGUGGACAGUAUUUGAAACGCCCAUCACCCUCUCGCACAAUCAGAUCAGGAAAUUGGAGAGCACAUUAAUGGACCAUGAAAAUAAGACCCUGUGGAACGACUACCGCAUGGCCCAGCCUCUGAAUGACAGAGUGGUGGAGUCCUCUUUCCUCCCACGCCUGGGCAAAGGAGGAAUUUGCCGUCAAGAGGAGAUUGAGGCUAAGCUUAAAAGGAUUGAGAGCCUUAUUGUGUCACUGGACAAAAAAACGGUUCCAGGACCAUCAUCUACAAGUACAGGCCCGCAACCUCUGUCUCCACUGGUCCUGUACUUCCCAGCAAAGAAUAUGGAGACUUACGCCUUGGUGAACUUGUCCCACCCCAUGAACCUCCAAUCCUUCACAGCCUGCAUGAACGUCCGUAUCCCACCCAUACAAGACCUCACUGUGCUGUCUUACUCCACUUCACAUGACAACGAGCUCAUGAUCACACUGGGCUCUGAAGUGGGUCUCUGGAUCGGAGAGGAGUUUGUUAAUUUACCAUUUGAACGUCAAUCCCACGACUGGACAAACUACUGCUUUACCUGGGCGUCACAUACCGGAGGGGCUGAACUGUGGGUGAACGGACUGGUCGGGGAUGAACGCUACAUCAAGGCAGGCUACACCAUUCAAGCUGGAGGAAAACUCAUUCUGGGGAAGGACCAAGAUGGCUUUUUGGGGAUCUCUGAUACCGAUGCUUUUGUAGGCCAUAUGACCGAUGUAAAUGUAUGGGAUUAUGUGCUGACUGCGGCAGAGAUUGGGGAGCAAAUGGUUUGUGAUAAUGGCAAGAUGAAAGGGAAUGUCCUGAGCUGGGGAACCACUCAGCUCAGUCUGUAUGGAGGAAUUCAGCUGCAGGCUGAGCAGGUUUGCCACUGAGUGAGAGAAAGAAAGAAAGAGAGCACCACAGACUCAGAAACGAAUGUCAAUAUCAGCAAUAUUAGCUCUGCCAACUUGAAAUGUAUACUCUCCCAGGGGAAUAACGGCAACUUCAAUGGCAACUUAAAAUUCUGUUAUCAUUUACUCUCCCUCGAGUUGCUCCAAACCUGUAUGUAUUUCAUUCUUCUGCUUUUGAAGAAUAUGGGUAGCCAAACAGUUGAUCGGCCCCAUUGACUUUUUUAUUGACUUCAAAUAUCUUCUUUUAUGAUAGCAGAAAGAAAUUCAUACAGGUUUGGAACAACUUUAGGGUGAGUAAAUGAUGACAGAAUUUUCAUUUUUGGGGUGAACUAACCCUUUAAAGCUAAAAGAUGUUUUAUUAUUAUUUUAGAUGAAAGCAUUUCAAUGUUUUUUUUUACCCAAUUGAAUAAUGUGAAUCAUAUCCGAAGAAUUUCAAUAAACAAUAUUUGCAUUCUUAA